UCGCCUACCUCAUUUUGACAAAAUUGAGGCGGUUUUAAUAACACUAUAAAGCCCCCACCCCAUUUUGUCAUAAAACAUCAAAAGAAAACCCUACAUUCUCCCCCAAGGCUCACACAGCAUUCAUCGGCAUUGGCAUUGAGAAAUCGAGGCAUGGAGAAAAAGGGUUUGGGUUACCGUUUCCAUCCAACUGAUUCGGAAGGACUUACUUUCUUGCUAAGAUUCGUGGCGAAACAAGAGAUGCAUGAUUCCGGAUUCAUAACAACAAACAUAGAUGUCUAUGGUAAACAGGAGCCAUGGGAGAUUUACAGUCACGGAGUACCCUGUGCAGACGACGAUGACAGUUGUUAUCGCUACUUCAUCACAAAGAAAAGCAACACGACGUAUCAUGGUGAAGUGGGAAACACGUUGGGCAGUUGGAAACAACAGGACAAGGGACAACCAAUUCACUACAAUAAGGGGAACUCAUCAUCGUCAACACCUGUUAUUGGAUGCAAGAGGAGAAUGCGUUACAUGAUUAAGGAUCAUAAAGAUGAUGGACUCUGGCUCAUGAAGGAGUUCGAGCUCUCUAAUGUUAUUCUCAAAAGGUUCGAUGAGGACCGGAGAGAUUAUGUUUUGUGUGCUAUCAAGAAGAAGCCCAUUGACACUUGUCCUUUCGAGAUGAAUUAUGAUUCUGACGAAACUGACGAGGGAUCUUCUCCGGAGGCUGGGGAACCCUCCGAUCAGGAGUGAACCCAGGCAACAGAACAGAAUAGCUGACUUGCUAGCUAAAGAGGACCAGAAGCUGGAUAUGGAUCACUUUUUUGAAAAAUGGGACAGUUCUCCCCCACCCGCGUUGUUUGUUCGAAGCUUGCUAGAAUCAGACAAGGAAGGAACUUCUUUUGUAAGGGGGCCCCCCGCGUUGGUUGUAAAUAAUAGUAUUAGGCCAAUACUUUCUCUUGCUAGCUCUCAUGCAGCUACUCCUGUGUGCUUUCCCCAUCCGCAGUACACCCCCCACCCCUCCUAGCUUCUUGUUUUGCUUGAAGGAACCAUCAAUAUUGAGCUUCAGGCCUCAAAUAGGGGCGGUCCAGCAUUGUUUAAAAACUUUAUUCAUAGUGUUAUUCUUUUUAAGUGAAUGAAUUUCAUGGCUCUUUCAGAAGGGGUGGAAA